GAGUGUGCAUGUGCACGUGUCAGAGGCGCUGGCACCAGGGCCUCAGCAAUGUCAGGCCUGUUGCUCAUUCUGUGCCUUUACACUGGUUACUGCCUUUGUCUGAAUUUCUCAAUGCUUUUCCUUUCCUCUCACUUUCUCUCUCACAGCACCUCCGGAAGAACAGGAAGUUGGGCGGAAGUGAGUCCCACAUUGUAUAGGUGAAGAAGCUGAGGCGUUGAUAGAGGAAGUGAUUUUAUUGUGGUGACAUAGGAUACAAAAAGGAACACGGCUCUGCCCCCAGCUGCCCCCGGCCGUCUCCCCGAGGUCUCCUCAGGCCUCCUCCCAGGCUCCAGAGCCCCUUCCUCUCCCCUUUCUCCCCUCCCUGUCACAGAUCCCAUCUAAUAAUAAGAGAUAAUAUUGGCCAAGUGCUCAUUAAGUGGCAAGCACCAUUUGUGUAGUGUUACUGGAGCCAGACAGCCAGGGAUUGAAUCCUUAUUUGGUCACUUACUAGUUGAGACUUGGGCAAGUUACCUAUCUGUGCCUCAGUUCACUCAUGGGUAAGAUGGGGAUAAAAGUAGCACUGAGGGUUGUGUCAAGGAUUAAAUGAGUCCCCAUACUCAGAAGGCCAGCUGGUUCCUGGAGAUGCUGCACAGGCGCUGACUGCCCUGAUCGUGCUGACCAUCAUCACUGCUCUCUACUGCCUCCAAGUGCUUGGAUGCCCCCCCGGUCCCCCCCCCCCCCCCCCCCCCGCCGAACUAACUCAGCUCAGAGGUCGACCUGGCCUGUGCUCAGUCCCUCCGCUCCUCCCUCUGCCUGGCUCGCCCUGGGGUGGUGGGAGGGCCUUUCCUUCCCUCCUGUGGGGCUUCCCUAUCCCCUUCAGCUUCCUUCCUUUGGAGGCCCUCAGACCCACGGCCUCAGGGUGGAGGUCCACACUCCCCACUUUCCAGGCUUCCUUCCCACUUCACCAUUUACUCACUGGGUGACCUGGAGCCAGCAAAUUCAUCUUUCCUUACAUUAGUUCCUUCCUCUGUAACCUGGGAUGACUAAUACCCCUCCCUGCGGAUAUCUGUGGAAUUAAAUGUAUUUAUGAAUGCAGUGCUUGGCAUACAGUGGGUACCCAAUAAAUAUCAGCUCCAUGCUUCCUCACUACUCAUGGUCCUCACUCCAGAUUCAUUCAGAUCACUCCUGACUCCUGACCCUUGACUCAACUGUGCCUUGCAGAUUGGAGCAUCUCUGAUGUCCAGCAAUGUGGGCAGUGGCUUGUUCAUCGGCCUGGCUGGGACAGGGGCUGCCGGAGGCCUUGCCGUGGGUGGCUUCGAGUGGAACAUGAGGAAAUCAAGGUCUGGAGGAGACAGAGGGAUCCAUCCAAGGUCACACGGGAGGACUGGGGUCAGGUCCCAGGUCCCUUAUUUCUCUGUUCGAGGGCCUCCCACAGCACAGCGCUGCCCCUGGGUGGGACGCUGCCCCUCUAUCUACAACCAGGAACUGGAUACCUUCUUCUUCUCCCCACUCUUCCAGGCAACCUGGCUGCUCCUGGCCCUUGGCUGGGUCUUCGUCCCUGUGUACAUCGCAGCAGGUGUGGUCACAAUGCCACAGUAUCUGAAGAAGCGAUUUGGGGGCCAGAGGAUCCAGGUGUACAUGUCUGUCCUGUCUCUCAUCCUCUACAUCUUCACCAAGAUCUCGACUGACAUCUUCUCUGGAGCCCUCUUCAUCCAGAUGGCAUUGGGCUGGAACCUGUACCUCUCCACAGGGAUCCUGCUGGUGGUGACUGCCGUCUACACCAUUGCAGGGGGCCUCACGGCCGUGAUCUACACAGACGCUCUGCAGACGGUGAUCAUGGUAGGGGGAGCCCUGGUCCUCAUGUUUCUGGGCUUUCAGGACGUGGGUUGGUACCCAGGUCUGGAGCAGCGGUACAGGCAGGCCAUCCCUAAUGUCACAGUCCCCAACACCACCUGUCACCUGCCACGGCCCGAUGCCUUCCACAUGCUUCGGGACCCUGUGAGCGGGGACAUCCCUUGGCCAGGUCUCAUUUUCGGGCUCACAGUGCUGGCCACCUGGUGUUGGUGCACAGACCAGGUCAUUGUGCAGCGGUCUCUCUCGGCCAAGAGUCUGUCUCAUGCCAAGGGAGGCUCCGUGCUGGGGGGCUACCUGAAGAUCCUCCCCAUGUUCUUCAUCGUCAUGCCUGGCAUGAUCAGCCGGGCCCUGUUCCCAGACGAGGUGGGCUGCGUGGACCCUGAUGUCUGCCAAAGAAUCUGUGGGGCCCGAGUGGGAUGUUCCAACAUUGCCUACCCCAAGCUGGUCAUGGCUCUCAUGCCUGUUGGUCUGCGGGGCCUGAUGAUUGCUGUGAUCAUGGCCGCCCUCAUGAGCUCACUCACCUCCAUCUUCAACAGCAGCAGCACCCUGUUCACCAUUGACGUGUGGCAACGCUUCCGCAGGAAGGCAACAGAGCAGGAGCUGAUGGUGGUGGGCAGAGUGUUUGUGGUGUUCCUGGUUGUCAUCAGCAUCCUCUGGAUCCCCAUCAUCCAAAGCUCCAACAGUGGGCAGCUCUUCGACUACAUCCAGGCUGUCACCAGUUACCUGGCCCCACCCAUCACCGCUCUCUUCCUGCUGGCCAUCUUCUGCAAGAGGGUCACAGAGCCCGGAGCUUUCUGGGGCCUCAUGUUUGGCCUGGGAGUGGGGCUUCUGCGCAUGAUCCUGGAGUUCUCAUACCCAGCGCCAGCCUGUGGGGACGUGGACCGGAGGCCAGCAGUGCUGAAGGACUUCCACUACCUGUACUUUGCACUCCUCCUCUGCGGGCUCACUGCCAUUGUCAUCAUCAUCCUCAGCCUCUGUACAACUCCCAUCCCUGAGGAACAGCUCACACGCCUGACAUGGUGGACUCGGAACUGCCCACUCUCUGAGCUGGAGAAGGAGGCCCACGAGAGCACACCGGAGAUAUCCGAGAGGCCAGCCGGGGAGUGCCCUGCAGGAGGUGGAGCAGCGGAGAGCUCAAGCCUGGGCCAGGAGCAGCCUGAAGCCCCAAGCAGGUCCUGGGGAAAGUUGCUCUGGAGCUGGUUCUGUGGGCUCCCUGGAGCGCCGGAGCAGGCCCUGAGCCCGGCAGAGAAGGCUGCGCUGGAACAGAAGCUGACAAGCAUUGAGGAGCAGCCACUCUGGAGACAUGUCUGCAACAUCAAUGCUGUCCUUUUGCUGGCCAUCAACAUCUUCCUCUGGGGCUAUUUUGCAUGAUUCCACAGGCCUGGCUUCAGUGUAGACAGAUUAAACAAAGCCCAAGCCUGUCAGCCACAGAAACAGGCUCUUCUCUUACUUUGCUGUCUAAACUGGAGACCACAGAAGUCAAGACUGCAAGCUCCCCUGAGGAGAAUCCAACUCAACCUGCACACUUGACAAGUGGAGAAACAGAAGCCCAGAGAGAGCACUGGGUUUGUUCAGGGCCACCCAGCAGGAGUCACACGGGGUUUCCUCACUCUUUCUGGUACAUUGCCGUACAGACCUACCUUAAACAGUUUCCACCCUCGUCUUGAAUGUAUUCAGUAGCCUUUACUGAAUGUGUGUCUUGAGAUUAGAAAAGUGGAGGAUACAAGAAAAGGAGCAGCAAGAAAUUUGCAAAACUCCAAGAGCACCUUUGCUCCCCCUUAUCCUCCUUCCUCUUCCCCUUUCUGGUUCCCCUACCUCUCUAUCUAUCUUUCUAUUCUCACCAAUAAUCUAUUUGUAGCAUGAAUUUACCCAGGAGGGUCCUAUAUUUCCAUUGGUGGCUCUCCAAUGGUGGCUGUCAGACCCGAAGGAGUGGGGAGCCAAGGGUGGACUUUAAGCAUGGUGACAGAUAGUAUUUUGGGCAGAAAGCUCUUGGACAAGGGACUAUCCAAAGCACUAUUUAAAUUCUGCCUCUUCCUACUCUCUAACCCAAAUAUGCACGAAAUCUCUAUGGCGUUGAGAAGCAGUUGGAGAGACAUGACUUGCUAAAACCUCGAGGAAUCAAGACAUGUUACUCUGUAUUUAAGGGUAAGCCCCAGAGCCAGCAGCACAAACAGCCUGGGAGCCACUGUGCCUGUGCCUUUCUGUCCUACUCCCUUUGCUUGCCAUGUAUCCGCACACCUUGGAAUACACUGUGACCCCAGUUAAGUGUCCCUUCACCAGGAAGCUGCUGCAAUGUCCAAACCUGGGUCAAGGUCCCACUCCUGCUCCCAUAGCCUUGGACCUGCUUCUGUCACAGCACUGAUCACACCGAGAUGGAAGACUCCAGGGGGCAGGGACCGAGGGCCAUGUCCCAAGUGACUUUGUACCCAGAAAAUAACAGCUGUUCAAUAAAUGUGUAUGGAGUUCAUUAGUU